AUGGACAACGCCAGAGCCCCCUCAAACACGCUGGUGCUGGCGUUCAAAGAAGACACUGCACUGACAGAGAUGAUGCGUCUCCGUGUGUCGUCUCUGCAGCGCUCGGGGCAGAAGCGUCAGGACGGCGAGCGACUGCUUCUCCCCCACGAGGCCGUGUACCGGCUGGACUUCCCCGCCCAGGAGCUGAACUUCUCCCGCUGGUACUUCUCCCUCGCCGCCCACGGCCGCGUCACCAUCACCGGCAUCUCCCAGCACUGGACCCCCGACCUCACCCACCUGAUGACCCGUCAGCUACUGGAACCGAUCGGAACGUUUUGGCGAAAUGCCCAGGACCCAGAGGAUUCCCCGCUCAAGUGGCUGGAGGCAGACAUGCAGGAGUUCGGCGAGAGGAUCGCCGAGCUGGCCAAGGUCAGGAAGGUCAUGUACUUUCUGUUUGCCUUCAAGGACGCCGCGGAGGCGGCAAAUCUCAGCUGCUCGGUGGAGUUCACACUAGACAAAUGA